AUGCAGACUGCUUCUACAAACAUUUGUGAAACAAUGGUCCAUAAGUCCAUCCGUGAAAUUUCCUUGCUACUAAAUAUUACAAGGUCAACUGUUAUUGGUAAAAUAACAAAGUGGAAGCAACUGAGAACAACAGCAACUCCACCACAAAGUGGUAGGCUUUGUAAAAUGACAGAGCGGGGUCAGCACAUGCUGAAGCACACAAUGUGCAGAAGUCGCCAACUGUCUGCAGAGUCAAUAGCUAAAGACAUCCAAACUUCACGUUACCUUCAAAUUAGUACAACAGUGCAUACAGAGCUUCAUGGAAUGGGUUUUCAUGGCUGGGCAGCUGCAUUCAAGCCUUACAUCACCAAGUGCAAUGCAAAACAUUGGAUGCAGUGGUGUAAAGCACACCACCACUGGACUCUAGAGCAGUGUAGAUGUGUUCUCUGCAGUGACAAAUCAAACUUCUCUGUUUGGCAAUCUGAUGGUCAUGUCCUGGUUUGGUGGAUGCCAGAACAGUACAUGCCUGACUGCAUUGUGCCAUAUGUAAAAACUUGUGGAGGGGGCAGUGUG